AUGAGCCAAAUAGACUACCUUAUAGUACGCAGUGCAGAUGCCGGAGCCACGGCAAAACUCUCAUCCCCAGUCAAUGCAUUCCCUGUGACGGGUGACCGCCUCUCCAACCACAUUCCGAUUCAGGCAUCUCUGCAGCUUCGGCCCUUUCGGCACUUGCCGAAGGACCAGAAGGCUCCGCCUGCAUUUGACCGGAACGCACUACAAGCAGCCAUAGCAGCCGAUGACCCGCAGGCCCAGCUGCUGCAGCAGACGGUGUCUGCUCGCGUCAGUGCACUGGAGGUGCCUGCCUCCCUUCAUCUCACGCACCAAGCCAUCAAUGACAUACUGCUGCAGGAAACCAGCAGACUCUUCCCGGUGCAAGCCCGGGUGGACCACAGGGUCAGUGCGAACCCCGGCUUCCGAGCUGGUGCCACUCACACAUGGGCACUGUACCGUGAGCUCAAACGGCCAGGUGUUGUUACUUUGGCCAACGUCUGGCAAAGGUGGCGAGCUUGGUCCAACUUCAAUCGGGCAUCCAAGGAGCUUAGACAACAGAGUCGACAGCUCAAGGUGGCAUUCCACCAAGACCAGCUGCAGCAGGCUGAGAAAGCAGCUGCCUCAGGAAACCUGCGGGAACUCUUUCAGAUUACCAAAAGACUCGGCCCCAAAAAGGCCAGAGUGGCCUCACGUCUUAAAGACGAGAAUGGCAAUAUCAUGACUGAGAAGGCGGAACUUGCAGCAGUGCUCAAGUACGGUCAAGCCACUUUUGCCCAGCUACCGGACAGCCGACCUCAGCUACCCCUGCUAGAGGAUCUGACUUUCACUCUGGACGAAGUAUGGUACGAGCUCUUCCACCUACAUCCUCGUAAGGCGGUCCCUAGCCACUGUGCUCCAAGCAUUGUGUGGAAAUACUGUGCGCAGGCACUACACCAGCCUCUGACCAAGGCGCUGAAUCAGCAUUUCCAGGCGGGCUCUACCGCACGGCUGGAGGGGGAUAUGAAGGACACACACGUAGUGUGGCUGCCCAAGCCCAGUAAGCCACCCACCUCAGUAGAUGCCCUCCGCCCAAUAGGGUUAAUGCCGCCUUUUCCCAAACUAGUGGCCGGACUCCUGGCAGCCCGCAUCCAAUACCACAUAGCACCACUCCUUGACCAUCUCCCUCAAUUCGCUUAUAGCCCAGGCCGUAGCUGCGUCGACGCAAUCCGCCGCGUCCAUCAACACUUUGAAGAGGUCGAGCAAAUAAUUCAGCAAAACCAAAGCAACCGCUUCACCAUGCGACAGGGCUUCACUCCAUCACGAUGUGCAGGAGGCGCCUGCCUCAGCUUAGACCUUUCGAAGGCAUUCGACUUUGUGGACCGUGAUUGCCUCACUGACUCGCUCCUUGCACAGGGCAUUCCUCCCAACAUCGUAGCUGCAAUUCAGCAGCUCCACAAGCAGGCCAGGUACCACUACAACAUUCGAUCUCAAACCGGAAGCACUGUCACCACAAAUGGCAUCAAGCAAGGCUGUCGGGUGGCCCCGGUGCUAUGGCUGUGCUACAGCAUCACAGUUCUCCAAGCGCUCGCCAGGCAGAAGGGACUUCAAUGGCUGCAUAGGGUUAUUACCUUAUUUGCAGACGACUGGUGUGGAACAUGGACCAUUCGAAACCGCCAUGACUUCACCAGCACCUUAAGCGACCUUGAACUCCUGCUAGAAGUUCUCACUAUCUUUAAGCUGAAGGUGAAUUACCAGAAAACCGCCCUGCUCCUCACCCUACAGGGCAAAGAUGCAGAAGAUAUCCUAGCCCGACACACGAUCACCAAAGAGGGCAAAACUUAUCUCAAACUCACUGUCCUUGGCGCAGAGCAACACCUUCACAUCCGAGACUCCCACGUCUACCUAGGCACGAUCAUCACUUACAACCACAGACUGGACCUCAAUAUAUCCCAUCGUAUUGAGUCGGCCCAAACCAAGUACCAACUCAUAAGGCGAAUCCUCAACGGCAAAGGGCCACUCUCCACUCGACAUAAGCUUCGACUUUGGAAUGCCUGUAUAUCCCCCAGCUUAAGCUAUGCCAUUGAAGCCGUAGGCUGGACCCCAUCUGGGGUGAAGAGACUUCUCGUCCUUGCUACACGCCACAUUCGAGCCAUUCUGAAGCAGCCGGCGCACAUCACCCACAUUAGCAAUGCAGACAUAUGGUCCACUGCCCAGCUUAAACAGCCCACCCAGGUCAUUCUUGAAAAACUUACGAAUCUUAUUAAUCUUCGGAACCCAGCACAUCGUGCUACUGGUGCAGACAUAGUGACGAACGAAGCUGCACACGCCAGCCUCACUGCACUUCAGGCAGCUAUGCAAUCCGCCAACGACAGUGCUACAUCACAGGCCGCAGCGGACGAGUCUGCUGAAGCUGUUACAUGCCCGCACUGCCAAGCCCAAGUGAUGAAUCAGCAUGCCUUAUCCAUCCACAUCUCUCUCCACCAUCAGGAUGCGGAUAAGCCAGCCGCCGCUGAGUACCGCUUUGAUCCAGUCUGCAUCUCCCACUUCUUGAUCGGAAUGACAUACGCGGAUCUGGAGGCGAGCAUCUUCGCCCACUGCAUGCCCUCUGGGGCAGCACAGGCCAGCGCGAGCGUGGGGAACGGGACCGACCCACAGCAAACGACGACACGGGCGACACAGCCCAGCAAGCGUCCGAGAGGACCGGGAUGGGGUCCACCACAGAGGCCAUCGCGGACACCGUGGCAGCCACCAAUGUCACAUCAGCCAGUGCCUCAGCUACCACCGCCGUAUCCCAUGGCGGACCAACAGCUCGACAUCAUCUCCAAGCUAGUGUUGAAACACGAAGAAGCUCUCCACAGCAUUCGCAAAGACACAUCAUAUGUGAUGUUCUUCCGCCAAGACGAGAAGAGCCUGGUGCCGAAUCUCAUGGAAGUGGCUCGCCAGUGGAGGGAGAAAGCCACAUCAGCUACGCCGGACCCUGCCUUGCAGUCUCCUCUCAGAACGGUCUUGAUCAACUGUUUGUUGAAGGAACUCCUUCAGCGCACUCAGAGGGUGGUUGCUACAGAGGAGGGACGAGCGAACCUGAAGGAAAUGGGCUGGAUCGACUCCCAGGGCCACUGGACCUACCUCAAAUGGAGCCCUCAGCAGAGACGGCUGGUGCUGAACGAGGCAAGGACCCCUGUCACGCACGACGCCAUGAUCAAGACCAUAACGGAACUCCAGGCCAGCAUGACGGGCGAGAUUAUCCACCGCUUCAAAUCGAAACAACCCAUGUGGUCGAUCGAGGAAGAAGGAAGCUCCCAAGCAGUUUUCGACUUGGAGAUCUCGCUACGCAGUGCCACAGCCGACGAGGCUCACAUGAACUUCGGAGUGCUCAUGGGGAAUGCAGUCACCAACCUGGUGGGGAUGUCCAUGAAGAAAGACGACAGACCAAGGCAGCCACAGGCACAGCAGCUAGCACAGCCGUAG